AUGUUUUUUGGUAUUGUUUGUACUAACAUAACAUGUUCAUGUGCACGAUCACCAAUUGUUACUAUUAUUGGAUCAAAAGAUUCAACAGGUACAAAAUAUGCUGAUCGUGUACAAUUUUCACCACAAGAAAAAAUUCCACUUGAAUUUAUCAACGAUCUUCAUAUUUAUGUUCGUGAAUUAUUAUGUGAAUUUUCUAAUUAUAAUUCUUAUUUGCCACACAAACUGAUUCUGUAUCGAGCUGGUAUUGAUGAUGGAUCAUUUGAAAAAAUACUUGAUAAUAAAUUACCGGCUAUUCGACAAGCAUGUCAAGGAACAGUUAUUGAUACGGAUAUUGUCUUACGAAAUGGUUUUGAUUUUUAUCUUAAUUCACAUACAACUAUUCAAGGUACAUCACAACCAACGUUUUAUCAAGUAUUAUAUGAUGAUAUCGGUUUUACAUCAGAUGAUAUUCAACAAUUAACAUAUUAUUUAUGUCAUACUGAUGUUCGAUGUACAAAUGUCAUACCUGUUCCUGCACCAAUUCACUAUGCAACACGUUAUGUUACAAGUGAUGAAAACAACUCAACCACCACGAAUGAUAGUAAUUUUGGUAUUGAAGAACCAGCUUUGGCAUAUGUACUAGAUGUUUGGGACAACAAUCUAAAAUAUUUUCAUUAA